AGCAAUGACACCACCAACGGCACCAGCAAUAACAGAGGCAACGACAAUUUUUGACGUCAAAACCUUCGGUGCUGUUGCUGAUGACAAAACCGACAAUGUUUUAGCAUUAAGGGCAGCAUGGAUGGCAGCAUGCAAAAACAGUACUAAACCAGCAACACUUUUGAUCCCACAGGGAACAUUUCGUACUGGGCAAACUCUAUUUGCAGGGCCAUGCACAAGCCCAAAGCCCAUAACUGUUGAAGUUAUUGGAACUCUUACAGCCACUUCUGAUUUAUCUGAGUAUUAUAGUCCAGAAUGGAUCAAUUUCCUAAGUGUUGAUGAAUUGGUGUUGAAAGGCAGUGGAGUUUUUGAUGGCAAAGGAGCUGCUAGUUGGCCUUAUAAUGAUUGCAAGAAGACCGGCGAAAAAUGUGCUCCCCUUCCAUCAAAUUUGAAAUUUGAUAAGGUGAACAAUUCAAUUGUGAAAGACAUAACAUCACUAAAUAGCAAAGAAUUUCACUUUCAUCUCCAUGGUUGUAGCAACAUUUCAUUCAACAACCUCACCAUAACGGCUCCAGGAAACAGUCCAAACACAGAUGGUAUGCACAUUAGCUCCAGCGACUUGAUCAAUGUAACGAACAGCGUCAUUGGAACUGGUGAUGAUUGCAUUUCAAUUGGACAUAGUACAUCCAACAUUUCUAUCUCCAGCAUUACAUGCGGUCCAGGACACGGUAUUAGUGUUGGAAGUCUUGGCAAGAGGCCAGAGGAAAGAACUGUGGAUGGUGUACAUGUAAAAAAUUGCACUUUUACAAACACAACCAAUGGUGCUAGAAUCAAAACUUUUUUGGGAACAGUACCGGCUGAGGCUAAAAAUAUUAUCUACGAAGAUUUGAUCAUGAAUGGUGCCCAGAAUCCCAUUAUUAUUGAUCAGAGUUAUGGCGGCAAAAAGAAACCAAGAGUGGCUUCAACUUCAGUGUGGAAGAUUAGUAACGUUCAUUUUCGUAGGAUUCGAGGAACCUCGAGCUCAAACAUUCCGGUGUCAUUGCAAUGCAGCUCGACGAACCCGUGCGAAGCUGUUGAGGUAGCAGAUAUUGAUUUGGCUUAUGUUGGCCUUCCAAAAAAUACAACCUUUUUAUCCCUUUGUUCAAAUGCAAAGGCUACUUUUGGAGGGAAACUUAAUCCACCAGCUUGCCAAUUAUAAACGUUAUGAUAACGUUUAAAUUGGUGAUUACUUAUUAACUUAUAAUUAAUUGAUUGGU